UAAUCAAACGUGUGUGUGUGUGUGUGUGUGUGACCAAACGUGGGAUGUGGGGAAGCUCACUUACUCACUACUCUCCUGAACAUCGUGACGGCACCAGCUAGGAUUAUGUUGCGUACGUGUAUCUACAUGGUGGUCAGCGUCUGGGUGGUGAGUGCACAGCAACCGAGUCUGACUCAAGGACAGCUGAGGGUGGAAGUGCUCGGCAGGCCUAGUGUGUGUCGUGCUCAGUCUGGGCCUGGAGAUAAGGUGCAGGUCCGCUAUGUUGGCCGCCUCGCUGAUGGCAGCAUCUUCGACCAGAGUUCAACUCGCGGAGAGCCCUUCGAGUUCCGACUGGGGUCUGGCCAAGUGAUCAAGGAGUGGGAUCGAGGACUGGAGGGAAUGUGUGUCGGUGAGCGACGUCGACUCACUUUCCCUCGUCCUUCACACCUCAACCCGAACGACCAGGGCGCCGGCAAUGUUAUCCCAGCAGGUGCCAUACUGACGUUCGAGGUGGAACUGACGGAACUGCCAGACAAGGUGGUGUCGGUGGAGGAGAGGCCUGAGCGCCGCCCCAAGCCUGACGGGCAGCAACCGAAGGCUCCAACAAAGUUGACAUCACAGACUUUGGUGCGACCCCCGAUUUGCUCCAGCGUAUCCAAGCAAGGAGACAAUGUUACUGUACAUUACACCGGCCAACUCGUCGAUGCCAAGAAGUUUGACUCCAGUCUGGACCGCGGGGAGCCGUUCACCUUCCAGCUCGGACAGGGGGCUGUGAUUCCUGGGUGGGAUGAAGGCGUGAAGGGCAUGUGUGUCGGCGAAAGCCGACUCCUCAUUAUCCCCCCGCACCUCGCCUACGGCAAGACUGGCGCCGGCAACGUCAUACCCCCGGAUGCAACUCUCAUCUUCACCAUCCAACUCCUGAAGAUCGAAUAAGAUGUGUGGGAUGGUUCACGAUGGAUGCUCGUUUGACAGUGCCAGUGAUACCUUUGUUAUCUUGUUAUAUGAUGUUACUGCUCUUUAGUUUAUAAAUUGUUAUACAUAUAUCAUUAGCUGGGCUAUGAUUAAACUUUAUUUACAA